AUGACCGCCAAUCCCGGCCAGAUUUCGCCCCUUCGCAGUCUCACCCGCCACAUCACCGGCCAUGACGCCGAGGGGAAUGCAGUGAUUCACUCGUCUACCCCGGGCCAGUGGCAGACAGUGGAAGCUGGCUCCAUGGCCUUUGAUGUCAUUUACACCACCAGCCAGUUCCCUGCCAAUCUCAACGGCGAUGCCGACAUCCGUGCUCAUGAGCAGGUCAGCCAGUCCGGCCAGCUAGGUCUGGUCAAUCCGAAUGGAACCGUGUGUCGCAUCGUCGACUUUGGUCCCCACAACCGGUGUCUCAUGCAUCGCACGCAAAGCCUCGACUACGGGGUGGUGCUGGAAGGUGAAAUCGAGAUGCUGCUCGACGUGGGCGACCCGGUGCUCAUGAAACGGGGAGACGUAGCCGUGCAGCGGGCGACGUUGCACGGCUGGCGCAACCCGAGUGAGACGGAGUGGGCGCGGAUGUUGUUCGUCUUGCAGGACUGCCAGCCACUGACAAUCAGUGGACAGGAGAUGAAGGAGGAUCUAGGCUUUGCUGCUGAAGAAGGCAUCAUCAAUCCAAGUGGGAAUGAUCAGUAA